AUGUGUGAUCGUUCAAACGCCCAAGCUAUAGUGGGAGAGAUGCUCUCGUAUCUUGAAACUGCCGAUUACUCUAUUCGCGAAGAGAUGGUUCUCAAGGUGGCUAUUUUGGCUGAGAAAUACGCCACAGAUUACUCCUGGUACGUGGACACUAUUCUCAUGCUCAUCCGUGUCGCUGGUGACUACGUGAGUGAUGAAGUCUGGCAUCGAGUCGUUCAAAUUGUUGUCAAUCGGGAAGAUGUUCAGGCGUAUGCUGCAAAAACUGUCUUCGAUGCUCUUACGGCUCCAGCUUGUCAUGAAAAUAUGGUGAAAGUUGGCGGUUAUAUUCUCGGUGAAUUCGGAAAUCUUAUCGCCGGUGAUGCUCGUUCUUCACCGAAAAUGCAGUUCGAGCUGAUUCAUAGUAAGUACCAUCUUUGCACUCCGACCACUCGUCAACUUCUCCUCUCCACCUAUGUCAAAUUCAUUAAUCUCUUUCCCGAGUUGAAGGAGACUAUCGUUGAUGUGCUCUCGCAGGAUAGUAAUUAUCGAAGUUCCAAUAUCGAAAUCCAACAGCGCUCUGUUGAGUACCUUUCUCUCUCGAAAGUCGUCACUGAAGACAUUCUCGCAACUGUUCUUGAGGAGAUGCCACCCUUCCCUGAACGCGAAUCUAGCAUUCUGGCAAAAUUGAAAGCCAAGAAACCCGAUUCGGACAUUCUUACCAGCGGUGUGAAAUCGACCACCAAGGCGAUUACGGCGGCUUCAGCAAGCGACGCGGAGAAAUCCUCGUUGAACCGUGGAAACAAUGGCACAGCUGAAGCCGACUUGCUUGGUCUUGGCUUGCCUUCAGCAACCACUGAUAGCACCAAGGCGCUUCCUCCCCCACCUGCCAACAACAAUCGAAUUCUUGCUGAUAUUCUCGGUAACGGGGUGAUCGAAUCGUCUUCUGUUGCUUUGGUUCAAGCCUCUCUUCAAACUCGCUCAAUUUCCCUGAUUGACCUUGACAUGGACUAUAUCCCACUGAUCUACAAAUCACAGGGUGUAUUGUUCGAGAACGCUCUUAUACAAAUCGGCUACCGUUCAGAAUUUCAAGGCAACCUCGGUCGAGUGCAAUUGUUCUACGGAAAUAAGAGUGGUGUCGCUAUAACCUCUUUCACCUCAAAGGUUGUCUUCACUGAGCUCUGUCCUUCCACAACUAAUAGCCCUUUGAAUCUUGACUUGCGUCCAGCGCCCACUACAAUUGAGGCCGAGAAACAAGUGCCUCAGAUACUCAACAUUGAGUGUCUGAUUGAUUUCGCGGAAAUUCCCCUGUUAGAUAUCAACUAUACGAACCAAAAUGGGCCGGAUCACAAGUCUUUACCUCUACCUGUGUUUUUGACUAAAUUUACUCAGCCUGUGCCAAUGGAUCAAGCGACAUUCUUUGCUCGAUGGAAGCUACUUUGCCAGCCCGGACAAGAAUGUCAAAAGGUGGGCGGAACCAAGCUCUCCUUCAACUUGGAUGAUCUUAAACAACGGAUUGGUGCAUCGGGGUUGAGUAUUUUGUCCGAUAUUGACCCCAACCCGGCAAAUAUUGUCUGUGCUGGUGUGGUACACACCGCAUGCCAACAAGUUGGUGUUCUUGCACGCAUUGAAUCGAGCAAUUUCCGAGUGACAGUACGAAGCACCAAAGCAUCUGUUUCCGAGUGCAUCUGUUCUAUUCUCCUCACUGAAAUAAGAUAA